UGAGGCCGGCAUCCUCCCCUACUCGACCAACCGGGAUUGCAUUCUGCAAGCGACCGGCCAUGGGCGGCGUCGCUCAGGUGCACCAUCUCAAUCUGCUUCUCCCCCACCCAGCCAAAUACACCACCCGUACGCGCAGGAGCAGCACGCGUACGGGUAGGGCGAGGCGGCGCGGAGUCCUCUGCUGCAGCCUCAGCACGGAUGGUCAGCCAGCAGCAGCAGCAGCAGUCGGAGCUCCGAUGAUGACUAUCUCCAUCACAGGCGCCACCGGUUUCGUUGGCCGCAGAUUGGUCCAAAAGCUCCUCUCCGAAGAUCACAAGGUUUGCGUCUUAACGCGGUCCGCCAGCAAGGCCACAUCAAUUUUUCCGGCUUCCAAAUGUCCAGGAAUUACAAUUGCCGAACAGGGGGACUGGGACAAAUGCAUCCAAGGCUCCACUGCUGUUGUUAACUUGGCAGGCAUGCCUAUAAGCACAAGGUGGUCGCCUGAGAUUAAGAAGGAAAUUAAGGAGAGCCGAAUCAAUGUUACAUCAAAGGUCGUGAAUUACAUAAAUAAUGCCAGUGUUGAUGCUCGGCCCUCAGUUUUUGUGAGCGCAACGGCCAUUGGCUUCUAUGGUACUAGUGAGAUCAGUAGCUUCGAUGAGUCAAGUCCGUCAGGCAAUGACUAUCUUGCGGAGGUGUGUCGAGAGUGGGAGGCCAGGGCACGCCAAGUAAACCAAGAGAAUGUUAGGCUUGUGCUUCUCCGGAUUGGGGUUGUUCUGGGCAAGGACGGCGGCGCUCUAGCCAAGAUGAUUCCUCUUUUCAUGAUGUUUACCGGUGGACCCCUGGGGACGGGACGACAAUGGUACAUACGCGCGUUUUCAUGGAUUCACCUGGACGACCUGGUGGACCUCAUCUAUGAGUCUCUCAAGAACCCUGCAUACCGAGGUGUGAUCAACGGAACCGCACCCAACCCGGUGCGGCUGUCGGAAAUGUGCGAGCGGCUGGGGCGAGUCAUUGGUCGGCCCUCCUGGCUGCCGGUGCCGGAGUUUGCCCUCAAAGCGGUGCUAGGAGAAGGCGCCUCAGUGGUCCUUGAAGGGCAAAAGGUUCUUCCUGUGAAGGCCAAGCAACUGGGCUUCUCCUACCAAUACCCCUAUGUACAAGACGCACUCAGGGCAAUUGCCAGGGACCUAUGACCAAUCAACUCAAAUAGUCAAAUACUCGGUCACACAUAUACUGCCUUCUUUUUUAACUUUCACUUUUAGCUUUUGAGAUCGUCAUUUAACUUAUUUAAAAAAAUAUAUAAUUAUUAAUUAUUUUUACUUUAUUCUAUUAUUAAACGUACUUGAAGCAUGCUUAUAACUGAUAUAUUUGUCUAUAAUUUUUGAAUAAAACAAAUUAUUAAAUAUGGAUGUAAAAAGUUACUGUGUCUUGUUGAAAAAAAG